AUGAGUGCAAAAAAGAAGUGUCGUCAGUAUUUAGUAGAGUACCUAAAGUUUGGUUUUAUCGCGUCACCACUUAAUGUACAGUUACCGUUUUGCCUUAUGUGUGAAAAAACAUUUUCUAAUGAGGCAAUGAAGCCAUCAAGAUUGAAAGAUCAUUUAUCAAAAAUUCAUUCCGAUAAACUAGAGAAACCACUUUCGUUUUUUCAGGCUCUUGAAGCAAAAAUUGAAAAACGAUCUACUGUGAAUAGUUUAUUUAAAAAACAAACAUCUGGUCUUGAUACAGGACUUGUCGCUUCGUACAAGGUGUCUUUAUUGAUAGCAAAAAACAAUAAACAUUCAAUCGGCGAAACUCUUAUUUUACCGGCUCUCAAGGAAAUAAUCGAUACUAUGCAAGGAGAGGGUACUAGCAAUAAGGUGAUUAAGUCAAUUUCUUUGAGCAAUGACACUGUCUCCAAAAAAAUUGAUGAAAUGGCAGAUGACAUUGAAAACAAACUUAUAAAUUAUUUAAGAGAAAAUAAUUUUUCACUACAGAUUGACGAAUCAACUGUGUCAGAUAAUAAAGCUAUAUUACUAGCUUACGUGAGGUUUAUUAAUGAAUGUAAAGAAAUCGUCGAGAAAGUAUUGUUUGCUACAAGUUUGAUCAUUGAUACCAAAGGGUCGUCGAUUUUUCAAGCGGUGGAGGAAUAUUUUACCAGAAAAAAUGUCCCCUUGACAAAUAUUAUUGCAUGCGCAACGGACUGCGCUCCUUCAAUGACCGGUCGUCAUGUUGGGUUUAUAGCCCACCUAAAAAAAGCCGUCCCAGGUAUUAUUUGUGUUCAUUGUGUUAUACAUCGCCAACAUUUAGCUGCUAAAUACUUAAGCGAUGUUCUGCACGAAACCCUUCAAUUCGCCAUAAAAGCUGUAAAUAAGAUUAAAGUAAGUUCACUCAAUGACCGCAUGUUUCGAGAACUUUGUCAUGAUAAUGAUGAAGAUUUUGAAAGAUUACUUUUGUAUAUUGCAGUAAGGUGGCUUUCUAAAGGAAAAUGUUUGUGUCGUUUUUUCGCAUUAUUUGACUCUAUCAUUGAAUUUCUCGAUAAAAUUGAUCCUGUCUUAAAAGACAAUUUGAAACGAAAAAUUGAGAUUGGGUACCUCACAGAUAUUUUUGAAAAAAUGAAUGAAGUCAAUUUGAAGCUUCAAGGGAAUAAGAUGAAUUUUAUCAAAGCCAAAAGAAUAAUUUCCUCAUUAAUUUUUAAGUUUGAUCUUUACAGAACAAACAUGAAUCGUCAAGAACUGAGUCAGUUUCCAAAUCUCAAGUCAUGUUCAGACGCAAAUGGUGUAAUUCCAGAAGAUAAAAUUCAAAUUUUCAGUGAUCAUAUUUUGCAGCUCGAAAAAGACAUGAAUUCAAUAUUUCAAGACCUACUUGAGUUACAAAUCUGUAAUUUGAUUUUAGAUCAAUUUUCGUUUGAAUCUGUGAAAGAUCUCGAACUUCAUUUACAAAUGGAGUUAACGAUCUUAAAUACGACUAUGAGGCACAACUUGUUUUUAAGCAGGUCGGUUACGAGCUUGUCUGUGUCAUGCUUAAAGACACUUAUCCACAACUAUGGUAACAAGUUAAAUUGUUGCUUCUCUCUUUCCCGUCAACGUAUCUAG